CCAUAAGUGAAAGAUCUAAUACUAGCCAUAAGUGUGAUCAAAGAACUGGUUUUUUUGCUGGGGACAUGUCCACGCGAGAAGUAGCAUCUGUUGCUCUGUUAAGUCAGACAGCACCACGUGACACAGACGCAUUGCUUAUAUUAGUCACGUUGAAAUCACGUGACGAAGUAGCGUUGUUCAUUUUAAUCACGCGGAAACCACGUGACAGUGCCAUAGAUGAUGGAUGUGCAUGA